AUGUUGAUUGAGCAAAGAUUCGAAGAAAUUCAAGUUGAAGAACUUAGGGCUAAACGCCAAGCUGAAGUUGAUGCUCAAACGAAAGAUAAGGGAAAGGGUGUUGUAGGCAGUACUGAAGUGACUGAAAGAUGUAUUGUUCCUUCCUUGGUAGUUGAAAAUCCUGUACCAUUAUCAGCUGUGUCUGCAGUCUUCGAGGAAGAUGUUUUACUUGAAGAUAAUCCUGUAGAAGGUGAAGAUGUAGACGACAGUGAAGAAGAUGAUGAGGAGGAAAAACUUGAUGACCCUGACGAUGUAUUUUCAGCGAGUAGUCAUGAUGAUGAUAAUGACGACGAUGAUGAUCAGGGUGGUAUGGGAAUUAAAGUGGCAGAACCGUCAAGCGAAAAGACUGUUGAUGAUUAUUUGAAUGAUAGCGUGAAUGAAGAAACAGAGGGAGCUGACGGAAAGGGGGAGCAUGGUGAUGAUCAGAAUGUUGAACGAGUUGAAAAGUUGAUUCUGAGAAUAGAGCCUCAUAUGGAGGAAGGUGAACAUAGACAUACGUAUACAUUGGAUGAUAUUAAAGAAAUGACACGUAUGGUAGAUCCAGACUUCAAGUUUGAUUUCGAAGAAGAAUUAAAUGCAUUCGACAUUAACUAUCAACCCGAAUAUGAAUACAAGUAUGUUGAGGAUGCUGAUGUGUAUGAUAGGGUUGAAGUUGAAGAUUGUACUGAUGAGGAGAAUGUAAAUGAAGAUACCUCACAGUUUCCAACAUUGAUGGAGUUCUUCACUGAAGAGAAUCGAGAUGAACUUAGAAGGAAAGUUGAGGAGAUUCUAAAAGACAAGAACUUUGAUGGUACUCCUAAAGUCAUGCGGAAGGAAGAAUGGUAG